ACAAAACCUCAUGAAGUACUCAUAAUUUGUCCCAUAAUCCCCAUCUUUGAACAAGCUUUUCCCAUAACGUCACUAGCUCAUCUCUAGUUCCUUCCUUGUAAGUGUCGCCCCACCUCCAACCACAACUCCCAAACUCUAUUCAUUUCAUUUCUAUCAAACACUCUCUUCCCCCAAAUAUGAGUUCCUGGCCUUCUUACUCAUCCCAUUUCGCCUUCUUUGUUCUCAUCAGCAUUCCUUUGUCCUCAAGCUUCGAUUCGUACACAACUUGUAGCAAUACGUUUAACUGUGGAGGCAUCACAAAAGUGGGAUUUCCCUUUUGGGGAGAUGGAAGGCCGGACAAUUGUGGCUAUCCGGAACUGAAGCUCGCAUGCUCGAAUGAUGUUACCACCAUUGAGAUUAUGAGGGUCAAAUACAGAUUGUUGAAGAUUAACCAAGAUGAGCAGACACUCAAAGUUGUGAGAGAUGACUACUAUGACAAAAUUUGUUCACCGAAGUUUGGGAACACCACACUCGAUUCCAAUCUUUUCGACUAUGUUUCCGGUUCUUCGGACUUCACGUUACUCUAUGAUUGUGCUUCUAGCUCACUAGCUGAAGGUUUCAAGUGCCCCGACAACGAAACUUACGCGAAUGUGGCUGCAGUACCUGCAGCUGUCCCGGGCACUCCGAUUUGUGAGUCAAAAGUUGUUCGGAUUAGUGAUCCUACAGGUUUCGGAAUAAUCAGUAUACUGAACGUGACGGCACUUGAAGCUGCAGUGAGAGAAGGGUAUGAGGUGAAGUAUAAGGUGAAUAGUGGAAAAUGUGACGAGUGUGUUGGUUCAAAGGGUGUUUGUGGUUAUGAUUGGAAUUUGAAUGAGACUGUUUGUCACUGCCCAAAUCAAACUUCCGAGCCCCGGACUUGUUCCGCCGCCAGAACAGCGGCCAUAAGCAAUCCAGCAGCAGCGCCACUGCCACCUGCUAAAGUUGGUCAGCCAUCUCCUGUGAGCUGUACAUAUGAGGUUAUUGUUCCCGUUUAUACAACAGCAGCUCUUGCUAUAGAGGCCGGUCAAACAACGAUCACCGAUGCGGUAGACGGGGGUUUCUCACUGCAAUUGCAGAUUGAAAACGAUCAAUGCAACAAAUGUUUGGCAUCAGGAGGACAGUGUGGGCUUAACACUACUACGAAUUCUGGAUUCAGUUGCUUUUGCGCAGAUCGAGCCUAUCCAUCCACAUGUAAUGGAACUAGUAAUUCAAGUCAAAACGGAGAUAAAGGAAAGGCAAUAAUAUUAGUUGCGAUCCUUCCAGUUUGUUUUAUCGGUGUAUUGGGUGCCAUAGUGUUCGGUUGGUGCCAGAUGAAAGCUAAGCAAAAAGGACACAGCAAAUUAACAAGGGACACCCUUCAAGAAUAUAUAGGAGGAAAACAUGACCUAUCUGGGUUACAGAUCUAUGAUUUUGAUAGCAUAUUAGUUGCUACGGACAAUUUCAGCAUAGCAAACAAACUCGGGCAAGGAGGCUUUGGUCCAGUUUAUAGGGGUAAGCUAGCAGAAGGGAAGGAAAUAGCGGUAAAAAGACUCUCCAGUAACUCAGGGCAAGGUGUAGUAGAGUUCAGGAAUGAAAUGUUAUUGAUCUCCAAUCUCCAACACAAAAAUCUGGUCAGAAUCAUGGGUUGCUGUGUUAAAGAGGAUGAGAAGUUACUGAUUUAUGAGUUCAUGCCAAACAAAAGCUUGGAUACUUUUCUUUUCGAUUUGACGAGAAGAGCAGUGCUUGAUUGGGGUACACGUUUUAAUAUUAUUCAAGGUGUUGCCAAUGGGCUUGUUUAUCUCCAUCAUGAUUCGUAUUUGAAGGUAAUACAUAGAGAUCUAAAAGUGAGCAACAUUCUCUUGGAUGAGAAAAUGAACCCAAAAAUUUCAGAUUUUGGAUUGGCACGUUCAGUUGAAGGGACACAGAAUUUAGAAAAUACUCAGAGAGUUGCGGGAACGCGUGGAUAUAUGUCUCCGGAGUAUGCCAUGGGUGGAAUAUUUUCUCAAAAAUCUGAUGUCUACAGCUUUGGGGUCUUGGUAUUGGAGAUUAUUAGCAGCAAGAAGAAUACCGCCUUCUAUAUCUAUGAUCGACAGCUAGGCUUACUAGCGUAUGCAUGGCAGUUAUGGAAGGAAGGCAGGGAAUUGGAGUUGGUGGAUGAAAUGCUGACGGCUGAUUCAUAUUCGGCUUCAGAAGUAAUGAAAUGUGUGCAUAUUGGGCUGCUUUGUGUACAGGACAAUGCGAUGGAUAGGCCGAGCGUGCCGGAUGUAGUUUUUAUGCUAAAUGGUUCCACAACUAUAAUUGGUGGUGCACAACCUAAGCAGCCUCUAUUCACUAUCCAAAACACAGUCUCUCAUCCUCAACCACAGCCUUCGAAUACUUUCCUCACAAAUGAAGCUACAAUGACACUGAUUGAAGGACGCUAAAUGUAUGCUCCUGACAGUGGUGGAGGUUGGCCAAUCCUGCUUGCUUAUGCGUCAUAUCUGUAAUGCCCUUUAUGUUUUUGAGGCACCCUUCUGGACCUAUAUAUAUUUCCAUUGUGCAUGGAUUUUUUGAAUGCAAUUUCUACUCAGAUAAUAAAAAAAAAUGAAACUAUAGUUAUACUUUUUGUUUUGGAAGGAAUAAGAGAGGAUUAGCUAUGAAGGAAAAUCAUCCCUUGUAAUCCUACAUUAUAGAGAAAUUGAGACUCAUAGUUUUCUUUA